UAUACACACAAAAAAUUAUACAAUAAGUUAACAAGUCAAAGCAAAGUCCCAAUAAUAUCAUCCUCAUGUCCAAUUGUCCAUUGUUCCAUCCAGUCACUUGAUUCUACAACAAUCAAACCAUAACAACAACUCAAUCUACCCAACAAAUCCUUCAAAAUCACAAUGUUAUCAUCACAUUUCCCCCAAUUAUCUUCCCUCCACACCCCCAAACCCACCUCCCAUUCUCCACCCCUCAUCAAAACCCCCAAAUUUCUAGGGUUUCAUACCAACAACUCAUAUUACAAAACAAACUCUAACUAUCACAACCUAAUAUGUAAAGGGGUUAGAGAUUCUGCUAAGGAGGUUAAGGUGGGGUUGGAUUUGGACAACGGCGGCGACGGUGGCGGUGGUGGUGGUGGCGACGGCGGAGGUGAUGGAGAGAAGAAGAAAGGUGGGUUUUUGCCGGAUUGGGUGGAUUUUAGUUCGGAUGAUGCGAAAACGGUGUUUGUUGCGCUUGCGGUUUCGCUUGCUUUUCGAUCGUUUGUUGCGGAACCGAGGUUUAUUCCUUCGUUGUCUAUGUAUCCUACGUUUGAUGUGGGUGAUAGACUUGUUGCUGAAAAGGUUAGUUACUAUUUUAGAAAGCCGUGCCCAAACGAUAUUGUGAUUUUUAAAAGCCCUCCAGUCCUCCAAGAAGUAGGAUACACUGAUGAUGAUGUCUUUAUAAAACGAGUUGUUGCGAAGGCAGGAGAUUUAGUUGAGGUACACGACGGGAAGCUAAUUGUAAAUGGGAUAGUCAGAAACGAAGACUUUACUUAUGAAGCACCUAAAUAUGAAAUGACUCCAACUCGUGUACCCGAGAAUUAUGUUUUUGUGAUGGGAGAUAAUCGUAAUAACAGCUAUGAUUCACAUGUUUGGGGACCGUUGCCAUUAAAAAACAUAAUCGGGAGAUCGGUGUUGCGGUAUUGGCCUCCAAUGAGGAUCGGCAGCACGAUUCUGCCAGCUGGCUGUGCAAUCGACAAACCGGAAAAUACUAAUAAUAGUUUAGAAUCACAACAAGAUUCCAGUACAUUAGCAUCUCAAUAGGCAUUUAGGGAUUGAAGGCAUACACCCUUGUUCUUUGACUUUUUUUAGUCAACAUGUAAACUAUAUGUUUAUACAGUUUUUAUAUAUUCAGUCAUCUUGAGGAAAGCAAGGUGACACGUCACACGA